AUGGCAUUCGUCACCAAGAAAGAUUCUGGCGUGAAGACCGUUGUGAAGGGCUUCCUCACUGGAGGCACGCAGGCGGCCAUCACCUACCCGACGGAGUACGUGAAAACGCAACUCCAACUGCAGUCGAAGACGAACCCCGAGUACUCCGGCAUCAUCGACUGUGCCAAAAAGACCAUCGAUCAGCAUGGAGUGAAGGGCUUGUAUCGAGGAGCCGGCGUGCGCAUCAUCGGUGCAGGAUUUCAGCAAAUGUGCAGGUGGGGCGCCUAUACUAAUCUUACGCAGAUCUUCCGUGACGAGAAGACAGGCAAGCUCAGCCAAUCCAUGAACGUGAUUUGCGGCCUCGGUGCCGGUAUUUGCGAAGCGGUCUUCGCAGUUACCCCGGUGGAGACUGUCAAGACCCGGGUCACCGACGACCAGAGAAGGGGCACCGGCAACUACAAGGGCUCCGCGGAUGCCAUCGUCAAGAUUUUGCGGUCCGAGGGACCCUUGGGCUUGUACCGAGGUGCUUUCCCCACCAUCCUGAAGCAGGGCACCAACCAAGCAGUACGCAUGCCGCUGCAGGUGGCCAUCUUCGGUGUCAUCUCCUUUGGCGACGAGUCGCAAAAGCAGAAUCCUCUUCUGAACGGUGCUGCCGGCUUCUUGGCGGGUUGCGGUUCCGUGCUGCUGACCCAGCCACAGGACUGCGUGAAGUCCCGAAUGCAAGGCGAGGCGGCCAAGGAGCUCUACUCCGGAACUCUCGACUGUGCGACCAAGAUGCUCAGAAACGAGGGCCCUGCCGCCUUCUUCUCUGGCGCGAUCCCGCGCUGCGUGCAGGUGGGUAUGACCAGCGGAAUCAGCUUCGCCCUCUUCCCAGUGAUCAGCAGCUGGGCCUGA